GACGGACCCUCUUCACGAUCUGGCGCAGAUCCAUUUCGCGGGUUUGUCGGCGACCUUUCGCGCUCAGCAAGAGCGCGCCUCGAUGCGCGCCAAGAUGAAGGCCGACGAGGCGCAAAUCGUGCAGCUGGAGGGGAAGGUCCUCGGGGCGAACAAUCGCGCGGAGGACGCUACCUCUAAGGCCAACGAGGCACUGGAGUCACUCGGCCUUUUGCAGAGCCGAUUGGCCGCGGACGUUGAGGCGGCCAAAGAGCAGGUGCGGAACGAGGAGCGCACUGCUCUCCGAGAAGAACUGGAAGUCUCCUUUUCUGAGAGAUUGCGCAAAGCUCGCGAGGAGUUCCAGAAGGAGAAGGACGACCUUGUUCGCCUUCACACCGUUGCUAAGGCGGAGGCCGUUCGCGCAGCUGAAGUCGCGGCCGUCCGCCAGUUCAAGUCUUCCCAACCUUUCGGGAAGAUCAUGGCGGAUGCCAUGACCAAGGCCGUGAUAGCGGUUGGUAAGAAGAUCCGCCCUGAGAAUCCGGGGAUGCGCUGGGACACUCGCGAGAUGGUUCAGCACGUCAAAGUGUGGAUCAGCGAGAAGCGUCCUUUGGAUUCUGACUCCGAGUCCGAGGAAGAGGAGGAGGAAGAAGUGGAGCGCCGGGAGGAGGUUGAGCGUCCGACAGGGGAGGAGAGGAAGGAU